CAAAUCUGCUCUGGGGUUGCCGCCGCCGCCGCCGCCGCCGUCUGGGGAGCCGCACGGCCUUGGCCUGUCUGCGGGCGGCCGCUGGUUGGCGACGGGGGGACACGUGAGGGGAAAGGGAGGGAAGCGGGGGCGGCGGCGGCGGAGUUCCCCCGACAGCUGGAGGCUGCAGCGGUGGCAGCGAGCCGCGGCUCUUCGCAGCAACAGCGGCGGCUCCUCCUCCUCUUCCUCCUCGCCGGGUCCCUCCGCUCGAGCCAGCCCCCUCCUCUCCCCCGCUCCUCCUUAUUGACAAAUACACAAAGGGCCGUGCCGGGCUGGAGAGGCGUCUGGAGCCGGCAUGGGAGACAAGAAGAGCCCCACAAGGCCGAAGCGGCAGCCGAAACCCUCCUCCGACGAGGGCUAUUGGGACUGCAGCGUGUGCACCUUCCGGAACAGCGCCGAGGCCUUCAAGUGCAUGAUGUGCGAUGUGAGGAAGGGCACCUCCACCCGGAAACCUCGACCUGUCUCUCAACUGGUUGCACAACAGGUGACCCAGCAAUUUGUGCCCCCCACGCAAUCAAAGAAAGAGAAAAAAGACAAAGUAGAAAAGGAAAAAAGUGAAAAGGAAACUGCUAGUAAAAAGAACAGUCAUAAGAAAACCAGGCCCAGGUUGAAAAACGUGGAUCGAAGUAGUGCCCAACACUUGGAAGUUACAGUGGGUGAUCUGACAGUGAUUAUUACAGACUUUAAGGAAAAAACUAAAUCACCACCUGCCUCCAGCGCAGCUUCUGCUGAUCAGCACAGUCAGAGUGGUUCUAGUUCUGAUAAUACAGAGAGAGGAAUGUCCAGGUCAUCGUCACCUAGAGGAGAAGCCUCAUCGUUGAAUGGAGAAUCUCAUUAAAGUUUAUUUCCUCCAGUUUCUUUAGUCUCCCCAAAACUUGCAAAUAUACACUUCGGCCAACAAUUACCGCAUUUUCAUGACGUUAUCUACCAUGCACGAUUUGUAUGUUUACUCAGAUAUGAUUUAUGCAUUUUGUAAAAGCAAAGUGCAGCCAUGGAAUUAAAUUUAAUUGCAACCUACAAAACAUUUUCAGAUGAACUUUUAAUCUCCAUAUACAAAAGUGCCAUGAAAAUGUGGUUUGAAUGUUCUUUAUGCAGUGUUACUGGUAAGUCCAUUUCCACUUUUAGUUUAGUGAAUUCUUACUCAACUCUUGGAUUCUAUACUAUUGGCAUGUACUGAAUUAAAACUUUUUAUAACAUAGUUCAAGCUGCCUAAAUAUGUAUUAUUUGAGAAUUGUGAAACAUAGUUAUAUGUAUGCAAGUCAAUGAUCAAUUUAAUCAACUAUUGCUGCAAAAGAAUUUUCGUAACGAUUAUCUUAAAACACCUGCUGGUACUUGGUGUGGUUGAAUAGGAAAAAUGUUAUUAAAUAAAACAUUUGUAUGAAUUUUGCCAAUGUCUGACACAUUUUACUAGAUUAUUGUUACUGAAUUAUGUCGCUGGCUUUUCCAAUAUUUUCUUCACACACUUAGAACAUUUAUUGUAAUGUUUACAAGCAAAGAAAGACAGUAAAUCUGUUACAAGCAUUUAUUGUUUAGCUUUAUAAUUCAAAUGUAGUACUACCUUGUCCGUAUACACUGGUAUUUUAUGUUAUAGAACAUGGACUUGUUCUCAAAUGAUUAGGAAUUUUUGUUUUGUUUUUUUAAAAAACUAGAUUUUAAUAUCUAACUACUGUUGAUACCUUAAAUCCAAACGUGAUAACUGUUCUCAUUUUGGCUUACUCCUCUUUCCUUGACCCUUGACUUGCUCAGUGUUAUAAUGAUAUAUCGGUUCAGCACAGAGGCUGGGAUCCAAAGUCUCUCUUAAAAUUGCAAGAGAGAUUUAUGUAGGCUUGGGGUUUCUCUCCUUCAGCCACAGCUCUCUAUGCAGCCUUUGGGAUCCCAACCAGUGAUAUUAAAUGUUGCACCAGAGUGAGGAAAUAAGCAAAUAGCGAGUGUAUGUAUGUGUGCGUGUGUGUGUAUAUAUACAUAUAUAUAUAUAUAUAACAUUUGUUCCUAUAUCAACCUUUUGCUUUUUUAAAUGAUCCUUUAUUAAAUAUUAUAGAGCAAACCAUAGGAAAAAUGCAGUUUUGUUUUUGACAUAGUUGUGAACAUUUAUGCAUUUAGCAAUAUAUAGAUACAGAACAAAAAGAUUUACAGUCCCAUUCGGUAUUAUGUAAAAUUUCCAAUAAAAUAUUUUUAUGAGUA